UGGCAGUCUGGCAAUCUGGGUGAAUCUCGGUGCGAAUGGUAGCGUUGCAACCGCCCUCGCGGGAUGCUGUCAUUAGGAUAAUCCCUGCCUGCUGGGAUCUAACCCAGAGACCCACAAGCUCCGCCCGUCCGAUCCAAUUGCAUGCCGCUGUGGUGUUGCACGCAGUGGGGUUUCUCGCCGACGGCACGAGGUAGUCCAUUUCUGGGCGUCGCUUGACUGACUGGCCAUACAGCCUGCCAGCCUGCCAGGCCCGUGAGCAGAGGCAGGCCGUCAACCUCCAUUUCUCCGUGUCAUGUACUCUGCGCGUUCCCCGAAUUGAUGCGUGGGUGGUUUGCCCUCUCUCCACCAUCUACUCGUGUCGUCGAGCUGGGAGAAAACCCCCUUUUGUCUCACGCCCUGACAUUGUUAUUGAGCACAGGUUUUACCUGCAGCUGAGUCAAGCCCACGCUUUGCAUGUGAUCGGGACCAGCCUGUCUCACAAUUGCCCUCCUUGCCCCCCCCCCCCACCUCACAUACUCCAUACAAUACACCCUCGACGUACAUAUAUAGGCAGCACCAAGGCCACGCCGGCACACAGUCGACGUGCUGCUCAAUCACACACCCUUUCAUCUUCGAAGAUGACUUCUACGACCACGAACCCCGACCUCAGGGGCAUCCUCACGCCGCUCCUCCCCUCGUUGCCCGCCGCAGCACUCUCGACACAGCCCGCGCCCGCGAUACUACCCCUGCUCUCCCCCAUCCUCAGACAGCGCGUGCAGCUCUUGUCCUCGGCCAGCACAGAGCCAUGGCUGCGUUUGUUAUCCUACGACAAGGCCAAGGACGCGCGGUUGGCCGAGGUGGCUCGGAGCGACCGACUGGAGCCGCAUCCCGUUUCGGGCGAGGUCGAGGUCGACUGGGACUACGAUGUCCAGACACAGUACAGGCGGCUCGAUGACGAGACCCUGCAAGCACUCGUUGUGCUCCCCGAGUUCGAACUAUUCUUUAGGCUCGUAUACUGCGUCAACGACGAGGCGGGAGGCGGCGACGGCUGGCGGGUGGGCGAGAUCAGCGUCCCCGACAAAUCGAAUCCGUUCGCGGCCUUCGCCGGGCAUCCGAGCAUCGCAGCCGCGGAAAGUGCGUUCCGGCAGGAGGACGGCCAUACCAACAAGCCGAAACCACAACCCGCCAGCUCUGCCGCGGCGUAUCAGCCCGUGUAUGACAAGCAAGAGGAGGAGGAUGACGACGACGACGAUUAUUGGGCUCGUUAUGACGCAACACCAGCACGCACCCCGCAGGUCAACCGCUCGCCUGCGCCGCCGUCAGCGCAGCAGACAACACAGCCAGCUACUCACCAGGCCGUCGCGGAGGAAGACGACGCGUACUUCUCCCAAUACGACAACGUGCAGCCCGCGAUGGACAACCAUGACCCAGACGAGGCUCAGGCGGCACAAGAAUUCACGGGCUCGGCGCCUCCUCCCCUGGGCCUGCAGCGUCCUGUUGGCUCAGCCAUGAGGGCAGGCGAGGACGGCGAGGAGGCCAACGAGGCCAACGAGACCAACGGCGCAUGGACGCUUGCCCCGUCGCCGGGCGGCAGGUCGCAGGAAGAGGAGGAAAGGACGGCAUCGCUCGCACAUCCCAGGCCCGAGUCCAGCGCCAGCUCCAACGGCUCGAACACGGUGCUGAAGUUGGAGGAGCAGGCGGGGCGGCAGGAGUCGAGCGAGUUCGGAGUCAAGCAGCACGUGUCGAGGAGCAUCAGGAGCCUGUUCCUGCUAUCGCGCGCGGCGGGCAUCGACAGGGACGAGUUCGAGAGGAUGGUCAAGACGGAGCUGGACGUGCUGGGGAUGGUGGAGCAGGAUAUAUGAGCAUGAGCGGGAACUCUGGCUGGCUGGGGCACGGGGCUUGGAUGUCAACUGUGCGCAACUGUUUCCGUCCUAGAGAUGGCAUUGGGAUCGCCUGGGCCUUUUCACUUUUCAGUCCGCGUCGGCGUGGGGAGAUCCGUUGGUGGUCUGCCCACCCGAGCGCUGCGUUUCGGAGUCCGGUCGGCGCAUCUUGUUCAUUGGCCUGCAUCUGCUUGUUUAUCUCAGCGGUUCUGAUGCAUUACUUCAUAGUCUGUGGUUCACGAAUGAAAAAGUGAAGAACAAUACGCCCUGUAUCGCUCUUCUUUGAGACAGG